AUGGGUAGUUAUACUAAUUACUUGUCUGUAUAUGUAGUUGAUUCAAUUAUUUUUAUUAUCCAACAGUAUGGUUUAGCUGCACCUCAAGAUCAAUCAGUUUGUUCAUAUCCCAGAUUCCAGUGUCAACCAUUUAAUAAUGGAUCGGUAUUACAUUUUACAUCAAUUAUUAUUCUUGUUUCUGAAUAUGCAUUUGUUGGACAACCAUCUACAACUUUGACAUCACUGGCAUUCCCAGAACUGACACAGUUAUAUGUCAAUAUUUUCAACACUACCGAUACCUCUAUUAAUAUUCUUGGACUACUUAAAGAUACCCCAAAGUUAAAAACUAUUUAUUUUGGAAAAGAUCUUGGUAUAACUACAAUUCCAUCUGGAUUCCCAAAUCAAGCACUUGAAGAACUUUCAUUGUUGAACUGUUUUAUAUCGACUAUUCCAAAUUUCUUUAAUGGAACCAAUCUAUUAACAAUAGGUAUCAUUCAAAAUACACCACCCAUAGAAUUUACUAUAGACAAUAGUCUUUACCUUCCACAAAUGGUCAGACUACAAUUAGUUGUUGACUCUAUAACUGGUCCAUUAACCAUCUCCAAAUCCUCUUUUCCCAAAUUAACUCAGAUAGAGUUUAGUUCAAUCAACAAAAAUUAUACAUUAAACAUUGAUAUUCCAAAUUUAGAGCUUUUAGCUGCCACUACAACCGAUCUUAGUGUUUCUUACACUACCACUUUUACAAAUGUAUCUCAAAUGAAGGAUUUAAAAUUAGAUGGAUAUAAAGCUUCUGUUACACCUACACUCGAAGAAUUCUUAUCAUUGGAGAAGUUAACUAUGCGUUAUGCAAGUCUCACAGAAUUUCCUUUUUCAUCGUUUCCUCCAAAACUAGUUGAAUUUACAGCUAUGUUUUCAAAUUUCGAAAGCAUUCCAGUAACACCAGACUUUCCACCAAGCCUUUUGUCAUUUGAUUUAACAAAUAAUCUAUUGACUGGGACCAUUCCAUGGAGUAGAUUUGAAAAGACUGGAAUGAAAGUAGGAUUGGCCAAUAAUAUGGGAGUGACAGGAGAUGUACCUGACAGUAUGUGCAUUGCCGACACCCUUUAUGUCUAUAAUACAGGAAUCACAUCUAUCCCUGAUUGUUUUUGGUGUUAUGAAUAUCAAGGUGCCUCUUUUUCAUCUAGUUUAACAAAACCACCGGUUCUUAAUUGUGAUAUUACAUUGGAUUCACAAGAAUUGAUAACAGUUAAUGGAGUAACAAAUAUAAUUGGGAAUGGAUUAGGUUGGAAAUAUUAUAAUCUUCCAAGUUAUGAAUUACAAUACAACAUUCCAAACAAGAAUCUAAGUUUAACAUACCCAGGAUAUAUAAAUGGAGCAAAACAAAAUGUAUCAAUAUCAUUUAAAAGUGGUGGUCAAGCAUUUAUAUUUUCUCUUACGGAGGUUGGUGUUGAAUUUGUAGAAACUACAAUACAACAAGAGUCAAGUGGAUUGGCAGUAUUCAAUUUUACACUUAAAGUUGUCAACAUUGAUUUGAUAUACUCUGUAAAUAUUGACAAUAACAUUCAAUGUGAUAGAAUAGUAAUCUACCCAUACAAUGUAUUGUGUAAAAUAGACUCCAAAAAGUUGGACGCUCGUAAAAAAUACAAUUUUACCAUUUCCAACACUUACAACUCGGUUACGGUUGAAUCAUCCUUUAUCCAACAAUACCCUCUAAUCAACGCAAUCAACGAUCAUACAAAUGAUACAACUAUCGUUACCAACAACUCUUCCUUUAAAUUAACUGGAGACUUUGGUAGCUUGACCAACGUUUUGGUCACCUUUAGAAAUCCUCUCCAAGGUCAACCCAUUCAAUGUCAAUUGGAUCAAAUACCAACCGGAAAUAAUUUAUUUUGUACAUUACAAACUGAUUUACCAAGUGGUAUGAUUGACAUUACAGUUAGUGUCGAUGGUUUCAACAAUACCCAAUCAUUUGAAAUUCUUUCACUCAAAGAUCAAUGUACUAGUGACACUAGAGGUUGUCAUGGAAAUGGUCAAUGUAGCAAUAUUGGUCUAUGUGUUUGUAAUACUCUUGGUUUUUAUAAUAAUUGUUCUAUUCCAUAUCCAACAACCUAUUCAGUUUAUUAUAAUGAAAAUAAAUAUAAAAAUAUAACAUUGUACGGAGAUUAUGGGUUAAAUGGUCAAGAUGGGAUCAUUAUAUCUAUCAAUAAGAUUAAUUGUCUUGUUGAAUUUGCUUCACAAAGUUUAAUUAAUUGUACGCUUGUUGAAUCUCCAGCAUUUGGUUUGGCUUCAUUAAACAUUACACUCUUUUUCAAUUCAACCACAACAUUGGGAUUUUAUAAAUUAAACUUUAUCAAUUUUAAAAAUCCAAGCAAUCCUUCUACAACUACUAGUUCAACUACUAGUUCAACUCCUACUACUACUACUACUACAACUAGUUCAACUCCUACAUCACCUUUUGAUCAAUGUCAAGAGUUAACAUUUGAAUGUUUUGGUCAUGGAAAUUGUAAUAAUAAUGGUCAAUGUAUAUGUUUUGAUGGAUAUAAUCAAGAUGAUAAUUGUAAAACUAAAUAUAUAAAUACUACAUUACCAGUUAUAAAUUCAACAAAACCAAUUGCAUCAUUUUUAAUUGACAAUGUUGAUUUUAAUUUUGAAAUUGUAUCAAUUCAAGAAUUGGGAAUGGAUGAUCAGAUUUUAAAAGAAUUGCCUACAGAUAGUUGGAUUUCAAACGUUUUUAGUAAUGAUAGUUUGACCAUUGCAAACUAUCAAUUGGUUAUACCAAAUGAUACAGUACUGUUGGCCGACACUAAUAUAUCGGCCAUUAUUAGUUUCUCUCGAGACCAAAGAACCAUCCAGUUUGGUCCACAACAACUAUUAAUCAACCCAAACUCUAUCAAACUAUCUUUGGAUAUUAACAAUUGGCAAUUCUCUUCCAACUUGGCUACUCUUCGAGUUGUAUUUAAAACCAUUAUCCAAAUCGACCAAACCAUUUCAUAUGACUGCCAACAAAUUCCAAUUGAACCAGUAUCAUAUGAUGAGUUGACAUCAACACUCGAAUACCUUCGUGUGGUCAAAGAAAAUGUUCAAUUUAAUGGUAGAUUCUUAGACUAUGUGCUUGCCAAUGGCCGGCCAAGCUAUUCAAAAACCGAGGUUCUAUCCAUUUCAGAAAUGGACUCUGUUGCUUUGAUUGGCAUUUCUUUGCCUCAAUGUCAACUGUGUUCUCUUGAUCCAGACUUUACACCAUUACUCAUCGACAAGAGCAACGAUCAAGGAUGUGAAAAGAAUAAUAAUUGGAAAAUCAUUGUUGGAGUGGUGAUUGGAGUUUUUGGAGCAAUCUCUAUUGCCAUCGCAACUACCAUUUUAAUCAAAAAGCAAAGACUAUUAAAAGCUCAAAAAAAAUCUUUUAAUGCAAAAUUACAAUCACUUCAACAACAAUAA